UAAUCGAGCUGGGAGUUCAAAGGCUGUUUGUGCAGAUCCGCCGCCUCUCUCCCGGCAACGGUAACCUGAUCCCAGAGCCGGAAGGAGGAACCGACCGCCGGGCAGCUCCCGCACCGGGUGUGUCCGUCCGAGGGAGGCCUCAACCGGCAAAGACCGUCGAUCGCACCCGGGACGUCCCGGGGGAGAGAGCGGGGAACAGCUCGGGAGGAGGGAGGCCGGCUGCUACCACCUGGGGCCCGGCGAUGAAACGGGUGACCCGAGACCCACCCGAGAUGGGGAGAGGAGGCUCCCAGGUGGUCCAGCGUCCCCGCCGGACCUUGGUGCACCCUGCCGCGGGUUCCCUGAGGUGCCGCAGCGGAACGUGGGUCCGGCUCAGCAUCCCCGCCCCAGGAGACGCCUCUCAGACGCUGGAGGACCUGAAGGAGCUGGGGUCAGGCACAAUUCCCAAGGCGGUUCCCCUCGGCAUGGCUCAGAAACGCCUCCUCAGGGAGCUGAGAGAGGCAGACAGCGCCCUCCAGGACGGGAACUGGACGCAGUGGGAGACGACCCAUCGGAAAACCUUGCGGCAUUUCCAGAGGGAAUUUCACAACGCACUGAGCUACAUGGAGAUCUGGAGGCAUUCCCUCCGCAAGAUCGAGGGCCGCUUCGGGACCGGGAUCGGUUCUUACUUCAGCGUCCACCGCUUCCUGGUCGUGCUGAACCUUGGCUCCUUCCUGCUGCUGUGCGGCCUGGUGGUCAUCCCGCUGCUCCUUGACGGAAGGGGCUCGGACUCCCUGCCGACGGCUCCCCCGGAGACCCCGUCUCCAGGGGGCAGCUGUACCCAGUACGAUCACAGCAACCCCGGGCUGGUCAGUUUCUACGAGGUCAUCUUGGACAUUCUCUCCGGGACGGGACGGAUGGAAUUCUCGCUGCUGUUCUACGGAUACUACCCGGAGCGGGGGCUGGAUCUGUGGGGAGCCCGGUACCAGCUGCCCCUGGCCUACGUACUGAGUGUGGGGGCCUGUUUCCUGGCAUCCUUCACCUGGAUCACGCACAGGGCUGUGCUGGGCUACAAGCAGAGUUUCCUGCUGUCCGGCGGUACCCUGAGUAACUACAGUCAGCGGGUGUUCUGCGGGUGGGAUUUCUGCCUCUCCCAGCCCGGGGCCGUCGCCUUCCGGCACAGUAACCUCCGGGAACAGCUGAAGAUGGCCCUGGAGGAAGACAUGUCCCGGCGAAGGUGUGCGGAGAGAACACGCUCCCAGACGGCGCUGCUGGUCUCUCGCAGGGUGCUGGUCAACGCACUGACGCUGCUGGUCAUCGGGGGAGCCUUCUACGCCAUCUACCAGGCCACCGAGUUCUCCCAGUCCAGCCCCUCGGGGGAGGGGGUGAAGAGUCUGCUGACAGAGUACCUGCCCUCCAUCGUGAUCACGGCGGCCAACUUCGUCACCCCCCUGCUCUUCCAGCAGUUGGUUGUCCUGGAGCGGUACACGGCCGCCACCGAGAUCAAACUCACCCUCCUGAGGUGCGUGUUCCUGAAGAUGGCCAGCCUCGGCGUGCUGCUGUACUCCCUCUGGAACCAGAUCACCUGCCAGGGACAGCUGGACUCCGACCCCUGGUGCCGGAACUGCGGCUACAACUACCAGCAGUACCAGGUCCGGUCUCGCCUCUCCCUCACCCCCCGUCCACCCCGCCCGAGAUCACAGGCAGCGGGGCAGGUCAGGUCGCCCGUCCACUCAGUGUCCCGUCACAGCCGUACGAGAUGUCGGCGAGGCCGCACUUGGAGAACCGCGCACGGUUCCGGUAGCCCCAGCUGUAGGGAGGGUGGGGUCGAGCCGGAGAGGGUGCGGGAAAGAUUCACGGGGACGUCGCCGGGGUUUGAGUUACAAGGAGAGACCGGACAG